AUGCCCUUGUUCAAUGGAAGCCCUAAACGCCAGCUGGCAGGGUUCAUGGUGGCCACCAUCGGAUGGAUCCUUGGCACCAGGUCCAUGGGCCUGGUGGAGUGGCGAGUGUGGUAUGUCAACAACACCUCGCUCUUACCCUCUGUCCUAGCCUGUGUGGGAAUGUGGAGAGCUUGCCCCUUCCAUCACAUCAACGGUGUCAACAGAGCCAGCGUGUGCCACCAUUACAACCACCACGAUACUUACAUCCCACUUGAUAUCCGUGUUGCCCAAAACUUCCUCAUAGUUGCAAGCAUUCUAGGGCUUUUUGGCAAAGCUGCCAUCGUCUUUGCGCUUAGGAAUAUGUACCUGAGAAGAGGGCAGAAGAACACCUGUAAUCCAUUUGCUGUUGCAGGAAUGCUGAACAUAGCUGCUGGUGCCUGGAUCCUAGCUGCUGUGGUCUGGAACCACCAGUCUGUCAAGGACGCGCCACCUUCCUUGCCACUUUCUUUCAAUGUACCCUUCAAGCUGGACUCCCAGCAAGUCAGCGGGGCUACUCUCAUGGCCUGUCUGGGUUCCUUUGCACUCUUGGUUGGUGGGCUGGUUGUCCUCUCUUACAAAUACCCACUAGAGAGCCGAGUGCACCCCGCACCUUCAGACACAGAAAAUUCCUCGUUGCACUGGCUUUCCAAAUCCCACAUUACCAGGCUUCAUAGGAAGGAUUACAUCAGGAUGCUGUGUCACUGA